GUGCCGCUGCUGGCGCCAGCCCGGGCCGAGGCGGGCCAGGAGACAGGGCUGGCGCCGGCAGCGCUCCGGGCCCCGGCGGGAACCGCUGCUCGGCCGACGGGGUUUCGCUGCGGUGUUGCCGCCUCCCUGGGCACAGAGACAGCUUAGCGCCGCUUUGGGGACUGGGAAAGGCUUCMCGGGGCCGACGACACAGUGGGUGAGAUUAAGCGAGGCUUGUUUAUGCCGAUGAAACGGCUGGCGGUGGCAACUGGGAAGUCUGGGUUUAAGAAAAAAGAACUUCGGUGUGCUAUGGGGAAACGGUCAAGCAAAUACAGACUGCGAGAUGCUGUCAGUGAGGAGCACAGUCUCAGCUAUUAGAGUGUAAAAUCUGCCUUUGAAGAUUGGCUUUGGGAUGAGGACCGAGAGGAGUAUAACAUGUCUGUGAGUCAAGCAUGUGUGAAAAAGUCACUCAUUUUCAGAAGUAACACCCCUUAUCCUACAGACAUCAUUUCUGAUCCCGGUGGACGUGAUUUGCUGUUCUGUGUGCGGCUGGAUGACCCAAAACUGAACUAUUUUCAACAGCCACAGGAUAUCAAAGAAUCUGAUUUUGUGAAGUUCUUAGAGAAGUAUGGCAGACAUUCUUUCUUAGCACCAUUGCAAGUCCAGCCUUCGUUCUCCGCUUUUUACCGUGCCGGUGAUCCAAUCCUCAUCUACUUUGAGUCAUCAUCUGUAUUGAGCAUGCUUAGACAGCCGGUGAAAAUGGGAGCCAGUGGACUUUGCGUCGAUGGAAAUCCUGCUGGCUUCCUGGACAGUAAAAGCACAAGCUGUAUUCGGAUUUUUGCUGACUUGAGCAAGAGCUGCGUGACUGACCCCGUCUUAGAUGCUGCUUCUUACUACCGUGGCUUCACUGUGCUAAAGGUUCCAGUUAAUGACAUAGUUGUGCAGUCCAUGAAGGUAAAUAUCACUGCAGUCUCACCACCUGGAGCUCCCCACAUGAAAGACAAUAUAUGCACUAAUGUUGUCUCUGAGGUGAUCUAUGAGAUAGAAUACAGUGGCACAAGUGGGAUUCAGAGUGUUUCUGUCCGGUUCAAAGUGAGCAACAUCUCUGGGAACUCCACAUCCUCUCUGCAGCAGCACUUCACCAUGCACUUCUGGACCAGGAGUCUUUCUCAUAGGUUGCCUAGAAGUGGAAACCCUGGCUAUAUCACUGGAGCACCACUGUUGAUUGCAAACAGCGGUGCCAUGCAGCAUAUGAGCAUACUAUGGAGUGAAAGUGAUGGAAGUUGCUCACAAUUCUUCAGACACACGGUACAAUUUGGAAGGAAUAUGAGAACAGGCUGCAAAAUCAGCCUAUCCCCAGUACUGGAAGAUGGUAAGUGUAGUUCUAUGCAGCAGAAGUUAUACAAGGCUUUUCAGGGGAUGAACGGAGCAGAGGACCUUGCUAUAACUGGCAGUGCUCAUUCAACUCAGGCAGAAGAGUGGAUGACCAUUUUGAUUCAGAAAUGCAGUGUGCAGGCUGUGAAUUGCACUUCCUGUUCCUGUAUGGUUCCUGUGACCCUGGAGAUACAGAUAUUGUGGACUAAAGUGGGCCUCCUGUCCAACCCACAAUCUCAAAUACUGGGUGCACGGUACUUUUACCAGUGUCAGCCUCUCAAGUUUCUAAACACGAGCACGGUACCCGUGACAACUGUUGUUACCUUCACUGACAUGACGGAUUGGCCGGAACCUCCACGAGGCCAGCCCCAAAUGUACUGGAAACUCCCAUUUGACAUCUUUUUCCCCUUCAGAGUAGCACUGAAUGUAGAAAGAAGUUACAGAGGUGAUCUGGCUGGCUAUUUUUUGUUGAUUCUAAUAAUGUCUAGUAUUUUCUGCUUCUGAAAAUAGAUGGAACCUGGAAAAUAGAUGGGUGUAAAGUUCAUUAAAUGAGUUGGUACAUUCAGGAUAUGAUCCAGAUGAUGGGCUUUUGUCUUCAGGUUUUUAUACUGUCUCUAUGAUACCUAUGUGCCUUCUGUUCUUGGACUGAGCCAUGCAGACAGUUUCUGUCCUGUGUCUUCUUGUACCCUCUAUUCUCUGUGUGUACCAUUUGCGAUCAUUCCGGUGAAACACUUGAGACACUGGGACAAGGAGGAUAUUGAAAUGAUUAGUCCAUGUUCCCAGAAACCAAGAAUGCUCUCUAAACCGAGGAGUAUGGAGAGAGGAGCAAAGUUCAAUCAAAGCAUUUCGRAGCUGCUUUCGGUUAGCUCCCUGUCAGAGAAGUGCUUGAUUUUUCUAUAUGGAACUAACUGAACAUUUAAAAUACAGGAGCCCUCCCAGGUGGUCUGAAUUCUUAUAUUAUGGUGGACGUGUGCCAGUCAACCCAUCCCUGUUGGAUGACAACUGUGCUUUUGUGGCACUUUUUGAAUCUUACUUUUCUGUGUCUUUUCAAAUGCAGAUAUUCGAUUGAGAUUUUCACAGUUUAAUCACUGUUUGCAUUAGCAAUAGUGUUGCACAAAGCAAAGUAAUUGUAAAUGAUACAUACUCUGAAAUACAAUUGAAUGUUAGUGGUUUGUCAAAACAUCUUCCUUCCUGAUUUCUUUCUCCCCCAUAAGAAGCGGACCUGAAUAUAGAUUUUCCUAGAUAAGAAACAUUCUCUCUUGGCUCCAAUUAGGGACUGAACUGAAAAUGAUAACUGCUAAAAUUCUAGUGGCACAUCAGAGAGAGUUUUGAAUGGGUCAAAAAUUAAAAAAUUGAUUAUUUUAGGAAAAUUUGUAGAUAUAUUAUGAGACUGAAGCUUGCUGCAAUACCUUACCUCUGACUCUCGGACCAAGAUAGAAGUUUAUUGGUUUUGAAGUUAAAGUUGUUUUGAUUAUCAUGUCCCAUGCCCCAUACCAUAACACAAAAUUGGCUCAAUUGUUCCAGGAAGCUGUUGGAUGAAAAUACAGGUUAUUAGCAAAUGAUUUAUUAUUCAUCUUAAAUUCUUCAGAUGAUGGAAAAAUCUGCUCCAUGUCAUGCCAAGUACUCCAACGGAAUCAAUAUUAAGCGGCAGCAAUGUCAGAGCCUACUUUUAAUAAAAUGUAUUUGUGGCUUUUGUACCUAUAUUGCGCAUUGCAAUUUUGUUGCUCCUCCUCAUUACAAACUUAGAGUGCCAAAAUAAACUAGAAAACUUUAAUCAGGGUAUCAAAGGAGAUAAUGUGAAUAAAACCAAACUACAGCCUGCCUAAAAGCUUCU